AACCUGACAAAUUGACUAAACAGCGCCAAAGAUAGAAGUUCCGCGCGGGAAUUGAUGUAUUAUCCCCCAUCACCCGAACAUUAUAGAUGACAAAUAUCAAGACAACCCUAACAACAAAAUCAUAGGUAAAGAUUAAUGCAAUAUUUUCAAAUGAAAAGGUUAAAUAAAACUGAAAAUCCAACCUUUGCGUGUUUUGUGUCGGUCUUUCUCUCUCAUGUGACUGCUGAGUACCAUUUUUCAAAACAAAGUCUGGGUUCAAAUGGCGGAGCCGCCGAUAGAGGUGGGUUGGAAAUCGGAAGAGCCAAAGUCUGGCGGUGGGGUAGAAAUGCAGAAUUCAAAGAUAGUGAAGAAGCCCGUGAAGAGAAAAAGAGUUUCCGAGGUGGGAUUACUGAAAUCGGAAGAGCGAUACUAUAAGGUUGAUGAUUUACGGCAGGAGCUCGAAGGGUUGUUCAGGUAUCACAGAGAGUUGGUAGAUAACAAGAUGGAUUUCGACAUACGUGGGUGUGCUUCUACUAAUUCCGCGGUUGCAUGCUUGCUCGAAGAGAGCAGACUUCCGUUCUCGAAGCUGGUUAGUGAGAUUUAUGAGAAGAUGAAGGAAAGAGAAGACGGUUCUGAAAAUGGGGUUACUCUUGCUUUUGUGAAGAGUUCGGUUCACUUUGUUGGCCAGAGAUUUUCUUACGGAUUGACUAACUUGGACGCAGAUUUGUUCGAAGACGAAACCGAUUCAUACUUUUGGUUUUGGGAGACAAGAGAUAUGAAGCUGCUUCCAAGUUCUUCGCGUGGCAUGAUAAAAAUUAGACGGACCUGUAGAAAAAAGAUCUCUGAGAGGAUUGCUGCAGUUUCAGAUAUGAUAACCGCAUUACAAAAGUCUGAAGCCCUCCAAAGCUGUGGUCAAGAACUGAAAAAAGCAUCUGAAAGGCUUUGUAAAGUUUUAAACGAGGCAGAUAUCCGUUUGCUGGUUCAAACCUUGGUAGAGAAAAAUAGUGCUGACAUGACGGACACUAAAGUGAAGAAAGAAGAAAAGAAGCUAAUUAAGGAAAUGGAGAAAUCUAAACGAGAAGAAGAGAAGGAGAAGAAGAGAAAGAAUCAGGAGCUUUUGAAGAGUGAAAAGGAACUGAAGAGGUUGCAAUCAGAAGCAGCAAAUGAAGAAAGAAAAAGACGAAGAGAAGAAGCAGAACAUAGGAAACAGUUGAAGAGGAAACAAGGAGAUAUCGAGAAAGAUCAAAGACGCCGUGAAAAGGAAGAGGCUGAGAAUAAAAAACAAAUAGAUCUGCAAAAACAAGCCUCUCUCAUGGACCGUUUCCUUAAAAGAAGCAAGAACAAUUCUACUUGUCUUAAUAGUCAAUCAUCUUCUCGCACAAUAGCUUCUGAUUCAUCUCCUAACAAGGAAUCAGUUACUUUUGUUAUGGAUAGCAUUCUUUUAAGAAAGGAUGAGAUGAAUGUUGAAGACAUCCUAAAAGGACACUGUCUUGCUUGGAGAUCUUUUGGUCGUACUAACUGUCCAAAUAGAAAGAAGCACUGGGGGGUGAGGCUAAAGCCAAAAUCAGAAGUAAUCAAGGAAAUUAAAUUAAGUACUGGCAAAGCUUUGGUAGGUGAAGAUGAGUUAAACAUGGAGAAGCUUGAUGGUGUAUGGGAUAAAACUAAUUCUGAUGGAAGAUCAGAUAAUACCAUGUCAGAUAGUUCAGGUCCUCUCCGUCAGAAACCCAACCGACGUAAACAGUUGUUACAAUUUGAUAAAAGCAAUAGGCCUGCAUUUUAUGGUAUUUGGACCAAGAAAAGCCAAGAUAUUGGACCAUGUCGCCCUUUUAAGAAGGAUCCAGACAUGGAUUACGAAAUUGAUAGUGAGGAAGAAUGGGAAGAGGAGGAGCCUGGUGAAAACUUAUCAGAUUCUGAUAAGGAUGAUGAAGAUGAAAUCAUAGAGGAAGGGUCUUCAAAAGCUGAUUGUGAGGACAACAGUGAAGAUGGCUUUUUGGUGCCUGAUGGAUAUCUCUCAGAAAAUGAGGGGAUACAGAUCAGUGAAAUGGAGUCUGAUUGCAAAAUGAAUGAAGCAGGUGGUUUGCCUCGUGGUAAAAUGGAUCCAGAGAAAGAACAGAAGAUGCAUCUUUUCCUCAGACAGCAGAAACAUAUGCAAAAGCUGACUGAUCAUGCACUUCGGAGGAAUCAGCCUUUCAUUAUAUCAAACUUGAAGCAUGAAAAGGCCUCAAUCAUGAUGGCCGAGGGUCUGAUUGGUACUUCCAAGCUUGAACAGUUGUGUCUGCGAGCUUUGAGUAUAUAUCAGUUUCCUGGUGGCCUAUGCAUUUCUGCUGUUGACGAUGAGUUGGAAAAGGAUGAUGAGAUUUUUCGCUUAUCAAUGAACAAUGAAUCUUCCACUUCAUCACCUAAAAUGUCAGCUUUAUCUGAACUGGAAUUACGUGAAAUUGUAUCAACCAUUCAAUCAUGCCAACAUGGUACUGUUGGCAUGAACAGGGUGCUGGAGUCUUUACAACCAAAAUUCCCUUCCACUCCGAAGUCCCAACUGAAAACUAAAGUCCGCGAGAUAUCUGACUAUGUUGGUAAUCGAUGGCAGGUCAAGAGGGAUGUGCUGGAUAAGCUUGGUUUCUCAAGUUCACCAGGAAGUAGCAGUGUGGAGACCAAGAAUAUUGAUUCCUUCUUUCCGAAAAUGAAUCUGCCCCCAGAUGAGAACGAUAACAAUAGCCCAUCAAAGCUCAUAUAAACUCUUCUCUGUCAAGAUAGACUUUACCAAAAGCUUCAAAGCACUCAUCUCAACUGCUCCAGUGUUAUUCUCUGAAAUGAUUUUCUACUCUUUUCUUGUUACAAAAUUUACAAUCUAACUAUCUUCAAUUCUGCAAAACUUAGAGGUCUUGGUAAUUUUCUUAUUUUGCAAGAGUCACAGAUUAUAAAGAGUGAUAUGUUGUUACAUGUUGUCAUAUAUGUACAACUCAAAUUGGAUGUUGAAUCAAUUUUAUGUACACUAAAAU